GAAAUUCGUUUAUAUACAAUACAAAAAUUAAUUUUAUUCCUUUUUCAAAAGAUUUCUGGUUGCACAACGUGAAAACGCCGUCAAAAUUAAUUAAAUCGGGAAUUAAAUUGAGAUUCAAACUUACCUAAAAAUACAUAAAUUGAGAUUCAAACUUUUUUGUAGACCUCAAAAAAUGUGAGGGCAUAAAAACACAGUUACACGGAAAUGGCAUAUAUGUAAUCGCCACCUUUCGCCUAUAAUAAGCGGCCCCGGAAAAUCUGGUAGAGGAAAAAUCUCAUUCUGUAAUCGGGGAGAGCGCGUUCCAUGGCAGCUGCGGCGGCCGGAGGGACGAAUGCCGCCGUGAAACAGGAGAUAAAGGGCCUCCUAUUGGGGCGGUACGAGGUCGGGAAGCUCCUAGGGCACGGGACAUUCGCGAAGGUGUACCACGCCCGGAAUGUGAAGAGCAACGAGAAUGUCGCGAUCAAGGUGAUCGACAAGGAGAAGAUCCUCAAGGUGGGGCUGACGGCGCACGUCAAGCGCGAGAUCUCGAUCCUGCGGCGGGUCCGCCACCCCAACAUUGUGCAAUUGUUCGAGGUGAUGGCCACCAAGACGAAGAUUUACUUCGUCAUGGAAUACGUGAGGGGCGGCGAGCUUUUCAGUAAGGUGGCCAAGGGGAGGCUCAAGGAGGAUCUCGCCAGGAAGUACUUCCAGCAGCUGAUUUCCGCGGUGUCCUUCUGUCACGCUCGCGGCGUCUACCACCGCGAUUUGAAGCCGGAGAAUAUAUUGCUCGAUGAGGAAGGAAAUCUUAAGGUGUCGGAUUUCGGAUUGAGCGCGAUCUCGGAGCAGAUCAAGCAGGACGGCCUGUUUCACACAUUCUGCGGGACGCCGGCCUACGUGGCGCCGGAGGUGCUGGCGAGGAAAGGGUAUAACGGGGAGAAGGUUGAUUUAUGGAGCUGCGGCGUUGUGCUCUUUGUUUUGAUGUCGGGAUACUUGCCGUUCCACGAUCAAAAUGUGAUGGCUAUGUAUAAGAGGAUUUACAAAGGGGAUUUCAGGUGUCCGCGGUGGUUUUCUCCCGAAUUGAUUCGAUUGGUGAGUCGUAUGCUCGAUGCCAACCCCGAGACCAGGAUCACGAUUCCGGAGAUUAUGAAUAACAGAUGGUUCAAGAAGGGGUUCAAGCAUGUGAAAUUCUACAUCGAGAAUGACAAGCUGUGUAACGUUGAUGAUGAAGAUUUGUUCGAAGAUUGCCUCUCCCAGCAAUCGCUGUCUGAAUCGGACUCGGAGUUGGAGAUCAGAAGGAAGCCCGCUAGCUUGAAUGCGUUUGACAUAAUCUCUUUCUCGCGCGGUUUUGAUCUGUCAGGGUUGUUUGAGGAAGGCGCAAAUAGCGGGGCACGGUUUGUAACGGCGGCGCCGGUUUCGACCAUCAUAUCCAAGCUGGAGGAAAUCGCCAAGGUUGUGAGCUUCACAGUGAGGAAGAAGGAUUGCAGGGUGAGUCUUGAGGGAUUGAGGAAUGGUGUAAAGGGGCCAUUGACGAUUGCAGCCGAGAUAUUUGAACUAACACCGUCGUUGAGAGUGGUUGAAGUGAUGAGAAAGGGAGGUGACAGAUUAGAAUAUGAGGAUUUCUGUAACAAAGAAUUGAGGCCUGGACUGCUGAGCCUCCCCAUGGAAAUUGCUGCGGAUUCUUCUCCUGAAUUGGUUUCCGGCGACGAAUACGUAGACACACAAGGGUAAAUAUAGCACUGAAAUAUCCUCCUUCCUUUCUAACAAUUUGUGACUGCAAUUGCUAUGUUUUCUUUUCGAGUUCUUGGAUAACCCCUGCAAUCUUAUAGUUAGAUGAAGCUCAAAUGUAAACUCAUCCCUUCUGUGAUGAAAUAGGUCCUGUAAAAUCCUCUAGAGAACGAAUACACAGUUUAAUUGUUAAAUCCUUCGAUAAUGCUAUCCUCAUGAUUUAUGAGCCUAAAGAAACCCCACACAAUUUCCUUGUAAUUGAUUAAUACUACAUUGUCAUUUGUUGAAA